AUGUCGCGAGACGCAGGGGCAGGGGACGGUCAUGGCACGGCAGAGGGGAGUGGUGGGAGCAGGUGGGGGGUGUGCACGGGCGUCAUUGUUUUAUUUAAAGGCGUCGAGGACCGAAGAAAGUCCCGGUGGAGGGCGGAGCCGCAGGGCAGCUGGAAACGGGGGUGUGCGGGGGAUUGGACGGAGCUCGGGGGCACCUCGGACGGGGCGGGCACGGGAGUGUGGGGAGGACGGUAUAAGUACCACCCGCCCCGCCCCGCCUCUGCCAUGCUCUCCGAAAAGCCCUUCCUCGCCCUCUCCAUGUCCCAACUCAUCUCCCCAGACGCCCCGCUCUCCUCCCCGCUCUCAGACUCCGGCCCCUGCUCCUGGGACCUCCCCAUCUGCUCCCCGACCGCCCACACCGCAGCCGACCCCUUCCCCUUCGCCUCCGCCCACGCCCCGUACACGCCCUUCGCCUUUGCCCACCCCCCGUCCCCGCCGUACUCCAUCGACUCGGCCCCCUCGGGUAUGGCCUCCUCGGGCCCCGCGUCCCCUGCCCCCGCCCACCGCGCAGUCCUCCGCCACCUCCGCGCCUCCCCCUCCAACCCCGCCCCCGACCCCCCCUGCCUCCCCACCCACCAGCUCUUCGACCUCCCCCCGACCCCGCCCUCGCCCUCGCCCCCGCCGUCCUCGCGCCGCUCCCUCUCCCUCGAGCAGUCCUACUCGGACGACCACAGCCGCCACGAGCACCACCCGCAGCAGGCACGCAUCCAGUCCGCGGGACGUGCGGCCGCGUCCAAGCGCGGCCUCAGCCCGGCCUUGCCCCCGCCGAAGAAGCACCGCGGCACCGGCGAGCGCGUCAGCACUCGCGACUUCAUUCCCCCCGACGUCAGCGGCCUCUCCAAGCGCGAGGCCCGCCUCGUCAAGAACCGCGCGGCCGCCUUUCUCAGCCGACAGCGCAAGCGCGAGGAGUUUGAGAAUAUGGAAGUCCGCGUCGCCGAGCUCGAGCAGGAAAACGCGCGCCUCCUCGCCCUCGCCCACGCCCACCCGCAGCAGGGCGACGAACGCCAGCCCCACCAGCACCGCCACGCGCACGAGCCAGACCACGACCAGCCCGACGCAGACGAGCUCCUCUCCGAGAUCGACGCGCUGCGCGCACGCCUCGCCGCCGCGGAACAGCGCGAGCAGGCCCUCAGCACGCAGCUCGCGAGCCCGGCGCGCGCGGGGGUCAAGCCGGAACCAGCCGAGCCGCGCGUCCCGGCCUCACCCGCCCGUGCCGGCACCACGGCCGCCGCCCCGUCCGCGGCGAGCAAGCUCGAAAAGACGAGCGCGAUGAGCCUCCUCGUGCUCCUCUGCGCGCUGCCCUCGAUCUUCUCCCUCUCGGGCCAGCCGCAGCCGCAGCCGCAGGCGCGCACGCACGCGCACGCGCACUCGCACUCGCACUCCGAGGCCCGCGCGGCGUUCCCGUUCUCCGGCACGUUCCCGCUGUCCGCGCUCCCGCCGCACCCGCACGCGUUGCUCGCCGCCGCGGGCAGCGGCAGCGGCAGCCUCGACCUGGAGCGCCUGGGCGCGUGGGCGCCCGAGUACGGAGGCGAGCGCGGGUGGCAGCGCGACGGGGACGUCGAUAUGGACGGCGGGAUGGGGUACGGGGGCGGCGUCGGCCUCGGGGGGUUCGGGAUGGACAGCGGCGUCGGGGGGCUGGAGCUUGAUUUCGGGUCGUCGGAGGAGGAGGCGGAGCCGCGCGCGCAGAAGAUCCAGUUUGUGGACGCGAACGCGGCCGCGCUCGGGCUUGGCGCGCUGGACAUCACGUUCGACGCCGAGCGCACGCCGCGGGGCACGAUCCGCGUGCGCAUCCACCCCGCCACCGCUGCAGCCGCCGCGGCGUCUUCGUCCGCCGCAUCGUCCGCGGCGCCGUCGUCGGCCGCGUCGCCGUCCGACGCGUCGAGCGAGGACGACGCCGCGCCGCGCACGCCGCCGUGGAACGACGCGCGCGCGCUGAGCGCGCUGAGCCCGUUCAGCGCGAGCUUCGCGAUGCCGACGCCGAUGCCGACGCGCGCGGGGUUCUCGCCCGCUGCGACGUCCCUCGCGUCCGGGUCCUCCCUGUCGUCCUCGUCGUCGUUCUCGUCGUCCUAUUCGUCGUCGGCGUCGUCGGCGUCGUACUCCUCCACGGGUGCGUCGUCCGCGCUGUCAGCUGCGUCGGGCUAUGGGGACCCGUUUUUGGGGAUCGGGAUGUCGGCGGCGGAGGUGGGGUUCGGGGGCGGGCUGGGGUUGGGCUUGGGGCUGGAGGCGGGGUUCCCGGCGUAUAGUAGUGCGGAUUUGGGGUCGUGGGCUGGGUCUGGGAUGGGAUCGGGGAUGGGGAUGGGGUGGGAGGGCAGCGUGGGCGCGGGCGCGGAGAAGAGGCGCGUGAGGAUCGCGAUGAAGAGCGUGCCGACGGCGGAGGGGGAGGCGGGCGAGUGGGAGGUCGAGGUGUGCUGA